AGAAGAAGAAAUCAACAGUGAUGAACUAAAAACCCUUCCGGGCAAAAAUAUUAAAAAUCCUCGAAGCCUUUGCUUCAUCGGGAAAGUAUUUGAGAAAUUGUAUCUCUUAUGUUCAUCUGAAGAUUUUGAAUUCUUCAUCGGGGAAGUAUCGGAGAUGAUGAAGACGAAAUUUUUGGAUUGGUAUUUGAAGAUCGCGAUUGGAUCAGCUAUUAUAGGCGGAGGCAUGGAGUUCUUCAUGAUCAAGACUGGUUUCUACGACAAGGUUACUGUGAUUGAAGCAGAGAAACGGGCCUGGGAACAUUCUCCUGAAGCUCAAGCCAUGAGAGAAGCUCUUAAUCCCUGGAGAAACAAGGACGCUGAAGCUAGCAAAACUCCAUAGAUCAAGCAAGAAGCUCUUUAUUCUCUCUCUCGUUAAGUUCUUUUCACUCUCCAACUUGCAAUUUUUCUGCUUCUGUUUCUCUCUGUUUGAGAGUUGGAAAUUUCAUUAUAUUGUGUUUGUCAAAUGCUAAAUGCAGCCAGCAUCUUUGACCAUACUUUACAUGUUAGCAAGAUACGAGAUGCUUACAUAUUAUUAAGGGGUGCCAAACCAUAAAAAGAUGUCUUUGUUUUUCUUUCUCUGCACUUGAGCCUACUUCUUCA